GUUGUCCGGGGAGACGCAGCGCGGCCGGCGCCGGGAGGGCCGCGGCGCGGCGGGGAUGUGGCGGCUGGCGCUGGCGCUGGCCUGGCUCGGCGGCGCCGUCCCUGCAGGUGAGGCCGGAGGCGGCUCCGCGCCGGGGGGCGGCGGGCCGGCGCAGUACCGGACGGCGGAGAUGGCUGAUGCGAUGCUGGGCAGCGGGCCUCCCACUGAGCAGCCCGUGCUGCUCUCGGUGGUGCCGGCGGAGGCGAGCGAUGGAGCCGCGGCCGCCUCGGCUACGGGCGCUUGCGACGCUGCGGCCGGAGGCGGCGAGUGCGGCGGCCCCGCGGCCCCCUCGGCUCCGCCGGACGCCCACGGCCGAGAGCUGGUCGCCGGCUCCCCGGUUGUGCUGGAGACUGUGCUGCCCGCGCCGGCUGAGGAGGCUAACGGCACCGAGGGCGUGAAAACACCCAAAGUGAACUGCGAGGAGAGAAAUGUUACCGGGGUCGAAAACUUCACGCUACAAAUCCUGAACGUUUCUCAAGAUCUGAUGGAGUUCUUAAACCCAAACAGCAGUGACUGUACAUUAGUCUUGUUCUACACACCAUGGUGCCGCUUCUCUGCCAGCCUGGCACCUCAUUUUAAUUCUUUACCUCGAGCGUUUCCAACUCUUCGCUUCCUAGCCUUGGAUGCAUCUCAGCAUAGCAGUUUAUCAACUAGAUUUGGAACUGUGGCUGUACCCAAUAUCCUCCUUUUCCAAGGUGCUAAACCUAUGGCUAGAUUUAAUCAUACAGACAGAACAUUGGAAACACUGAAAGACUUCAUUUUUAAUCAAACAGGAAUAGAAGCUAAAAAUGAUGUGGCCGUGACUGAGGAAGACUGGGAUGGCCCUCUGCCUAGCGUUCUGACAAAAGGAAUAGAUUGGCUACUUCUGUUUUCUUUACUCUUUCUGGCUAGCUUUGUUAUGUAUGCAACUCUUCGAACUGAGAGCAUUCGGUGGCUAAUCCCGGGACAAGAGCAUGAACAUCAAGAAUAACUUGAGAUGCUGAACCAAGGACAGGAUUUCUUGAUUAUUGAUAAGCAAGAUAUGUACUUUUAGUCCAUACAAAAUGGACUAAGAAUGAACUGUUGAAUUUGUUGGUUGUAAUUUAUAAUCUUGACUGAAAAUCUGCUUGUUCAUCAACUACUGAAUCUAUAAAAAGCAAACACAUGAUGUAACAUGGUAAGUAAACAAAUAUGAAAAAAAUAUUAACUGAAAAUGUAUUUAUUAAAUUGCUCUGUCUUGCUUAUUUUUAAUGUACCUUAAUGUAAAUAUGUGAUACCAUUCUACUUUCUUCUUAAGAAGUCCCUGUGCUUUGCUGAUCAGUUAAGAUUUCUACAGCAUAUUUGCUUGUAUAUGUGGCAUUGCUUGGUAAAAAAGUAGAGUAGAAUUGCUUCCAUUCGGGUGGAAUCUAGGAUUCUUUUACAAAACCCAUAGUUUCUGUGUGAAUGAUGCAAUAUAUACUAUGAAAUUAGGGUGUGUUGACCCACGCAGAUCAUACCCAUAUUCUGACUUAAGCAUUUCUAAAAUAAUAAAGUGUUGAAGGGCUAUGUUCGUGAAAGGUGAUGUUAUUAGAUUGAUUGUCAGGGAAAUGAACUAUAGUAGAAAAAUGCUUUAAAAUUAGUGUAUAUCAAACAAAUGAUUCCAUUGUCUAAAGAGAUUUUAAUUAUAACAGCAUUUAUUUGCUUUGCGCUUUUGGAUACAGUAAUACCAGCAAUAAUAAAAAUUUAAUAACUUCUACAAUUCUAUACAGGGUAACUAUUUCCCACCUUUGGUAUUGAGAUUAGAUGCUGUUCAUCUUGUUCACUGUGGCUUGUGAGUUUUGAGUAACAGCCUGACUUGCGAUGGCAGUUCUUCAUAAGAUUUAGAAUACUUUCUAAAGCUCAUUGUAUUGUGUGUGAGGUGUGUGUGUGGGGGGGAGGGAGGGAUAUAAUUUAUUUAACACUUCCCUAUGGAAUUAAAAUGCAUUUCUUUUGUGUGAUCUUAAGUCACUUUCUUACAGGACUAUAAAUGCAACUCUUGAAGUAUGGAUCACUUAUCUAAAUUAGUGAGACUGUUUUGAGAUUUGAUUAAAAUUUCUGCUAACAUGUUUGCUUAAUUGGAAAGUCUGCACCUGAUGCUACGUAAAGAAUUGAUGAGGUGUUUUAAUUGUAACUACUAUGCAAGAUCUUGAAUAAGGUAGAGUCUGCUGUGUUGCAUUUUCUUUGAUUAUUUGAUGGUGUAACAGUUAUUUGUGACACAGGUGUGCCCUAAAACCCUGGUAUGAAGCUUUAGAGUGGAAAUUAAACAAAGAAGAAACAAA